AUGGAGAGAUUCUUUAAACCUAAACGAGUCCGUAGUGGUGAAUCUUCAAAUGAGCCUAAUAUUAGUGAACCAGUUCAAAAUCAAUCUUGUGUGGAAUUGAAUUUAAAUGAUAUUGUUAGUGAUCCGGGAUUACGAAAAUCAGUUGAGAAAUUUGAUAUUUCUCUUCGAGACCAUGUCCGAAGAGAGUAUUUGACUAGGGGACCUUGCCAACCGAUUGGCCAUAUGUAUCCAAAAACAUCAUUUGGUAAACAACAUAGAAGUUUCCAAGAUAGUUGGUAUCAAAAGUUUGUAUGGUUAGAGUAUAGCAUAUCGAAAGAUGCGGCGUUUUGCUUUUGGUGCUUUCUUUUCAAAACACAAAAUAAGGGAGGUCGAUAUGCAGAGGAUGCCUUUACAAAAACGGGAUUCAAUAAUUGGAAAAAGGCAAUGGAAAGAUUUAAUGAACAUAUUGGAGCUGUGAAUAGUUGCCAUAAUGAUGCUAGAAUACAGUUUGAAAGUUUUCAAGAUCAAAGGCAUAGUGUGUCAAAUGUGCUACGAUCUUGUGGGCGCGAAAUAGAUAUUGCAUAUCGCACCCGUUUAACUGCUGCUCUGGAUGUGACCCGCUUUCUUUUGAAGCAAGGAUUGGCUUUUCGUGGAAAUGAUGAGUCAACUAGUUCUUCAAAUAGAGGCAAUUUUCUUGAAUUGUUUGAGUGGUAUAGCCAGCGAAAUACUGAGAUUUUUGAGGUUGUAAAUCAAAAUGCUCCUGCAAAUAAUCAACUAACUUCUCCAAUGAUUCAAAAAGAUCUGGCACAUGCUUGUGCCUCAGAGAUCGCAAGUGUUAUAAUCAAUGAUAUUGGAGACAAUUAUUUUUCCCUAAUAGUUGAUGAGUCUCGAGACAGUUCAGUGAAAGAGCAAAUGGGAGUUGUUUUGAGAUAUGUGAACAAAGAAGGGCGUGUGAUUGAACGUUUCCUUGCAAUUGUACAUGUGUCUGACACCACAUCUCUUUGUUUGAAAGAUGCAAUUGAUUCUUUAUUCGCGCAACACGGAUUAUCAUUAUCCAAAUUGAGAGGUCAAGGAUAUGAUGGAGCUUCAAAUAUGCGACGUGAGUUCAAUGGUUUGAAGGCCCUUAUAUUACAAGAAAAUCCCUAUGUGAUGUAUAUUCACUGUUUUGCUCACCAACUCCAGUUAGUUAUUGUUGCUGUUGCUAAGGGAAAUAUCAUUGUCAGUGAAUUCUUUGUCUAUGUCUCUAUGAUUGUCAAUUUAACUGGAGCAUCAUUGGAGAUAUUAUUAGUGGAAAAGGCAAAAAUCAAGAAACUAGUUUAG